AUCUCUCCUCUGCAACCACGCACGGUCGCCACAUCUGGUUGAGUUCGAUCCGCCGCCAGCCAAGUCGCCCCUCACCGUCGCCGGCCCACCGCUGGAUCUCGGACCUCCCUGACGGCUGAAGCCCACCCGCCCCGGCUAGCUGCUGCCUGUUGCCUGCGCACGACGCACCACCCCGCCCAGCCGCCCCUGACGGCUGCGCCGCUGCGGGCCGCAGCAUGCCUGCUCCUCCCAUCGCCCGGUCGCCCUGCGCAGCAGUGCUCCCGAACCAGGAGCAACCCCUACGCAGCCGCCCUGCCCCUGCUAGCCGAGUAGUCGGGGUCGGCCAGUCGCCGACGGCGCCCAGUCCCCUUCUCCUGCACUCCCUUCCGAGAGAGAGAGAAUUUUUGAAGAAUGAAGAGGGUAGGAAACAUUGCUUCCCUUUUUGCGAGACAUGCUCAGAAGACAAGGAAGAAAGCUAGUACGCCGGAUGUGCAUGGGACCGCGGAUGUGGCCGAAGAGCAAACCAGAGAAUUUGUGGUUCAAGAGCAAACUCAAGAAACAGUGGUGUCUAUGUCAAAUGUCACGGUUGAGCAAACUCCAGAACCAAUGGUUCGACUUGAAGAUGUCUCAACACCACCGUCAGUUUAUGAUUUUAGCCGUCUUAAACAUGAUCCCGGGGAAAGACCACCCAUUGCAAGUUAUCAUGUCAAUGAUCAAGACGCAGUUCGGAGAGCAUAUAUCCUUAAGGCUGCAUUCAAACCUUAUGCACAUAACUUUGAAGCAAGAAGAAUUGGGAAUAGGUUUCGAUCAUUCAGUCCUUUUUGGUUUCAUGAACAUAGUUGGCUUGAAUAUAGUAUCAAGGAGAAAGCUACAUUUUGCUUUGUAUGCUUCUUGUUCAAAGAGAAAAAAACUAGUGGGAAGGGAACUAAUGCAUUUACUGAUGGUGGUUGGAGAAAUUGGAAUAGAGAUGAUGCUCUUGAUAAGCAUGUUGGUGGUGUAACAAGUGUGCACAAUGCAGCUCAAGAGAAAUAUGACUUAUUUGUGAAUCCCCAUGCAACAAUUAAUGAUCCUCUUGUGAAGGUGGAUAGUGAGGAUCUACGUCUUUAUAGGAUGAGGUUGAAGUAUUCACUUAGAUGCUUGCAGUUUCUUCUUCAUCAAGGAUUGGCAUUUCGUGGGCAUGAUGAAAGUGAACAAUCUAGCAACAGGGGAAACUUCAUUGAGCUAUUGAAGUGGCUUGCAAUAAAUAGUGAGGAGGUGAAUAAGUAUGUCUUGAAGAAUGCACCAGGUAAUUGCAAAUUGACUUCUCACCAGAUACAAAAUCAGAUUAUUCAAUGUUGUGCAGUACAUACUAGAAAUCAAAUUAUUGAACAAGUUGGUGAUGAUCAUUAUGCUAUUCUAGCUGAUGAGUCUAGUGAUGUAUCACAUAAAGAACAACUAGCUCUAUGUUUGCGUUUUGUUGAUAAAGUAGGAAGGCCAAGUGAGCACUUUCUUGGAGUUGUUCAUGUAAGUGACACCAUUGCAUUGUCACUCAAGGAAGCAAUUCAAACUUUACUUGCCAAUCAUGGUUUGACUAUAACUCAAAUUCGUGGGCAAGUUAUGAUGGGGCUAGUAACAUGAGAGGAGAAAUUAAAGGACUGAAAACAUUGAUCAUGAAAGAGUCAGCUUCUGCCUAUUACAUCCAUUGUUUUGCACAUCAACUCCAACUAGUUCUUGUUGCUGUUGCCAAGGGAAAUGAUGAUUGUGUAUGGUUUUUUGAUCGAGUGUCUUUAUUGUUGAACAUUAUUGGAGUUUCUUGUAAGCGUCAUGACAUGCUUAGAGAUGCUAGACUUCAUAAUAUCAUGAAACUACUUGAAUGUGGUGAGUUACAAACUGGGAGUGGUCUGAAUCAAGAGAUGGGGUUACCUAGGCCUGGUGAUACUAGGUGGGGCUCUCAUUACAAAACUGUUCUCAACAUUGUUGCUAUGUACCCCACAAUUCGUGAUGUAAUCAUCACUCUUGGACAAGAUGCAUCACAAAGGAGUGAUUGGCCAAAAAUCCAUACUAUUGUUGGAGUGUUUUAGUCAUUUGACUUUAUUUUCAAUGCCCACUUGAUGCUUGUCAUUCUUGGAUACACAAGUGAUUUGUCUGAUUGUUUGCAAAGAAGAGACCAAGACAUUCUUUCUGCAAUGACAAUGGUUAGAUUGGCAAAAGAUAGAAUACAAGAACUGAGGUCUAAUGGGUGGGAUGCAUUUCUUCAAAGAGUCACAUUAUUUUGUAACAAGCAUAGCAUUCAAGUUCCUACAAUGGAGGAUAAUUAUGUGCCUUAUGGAAGAUCAACAUGGUUUGUUCGACCCCAAACAAAUGAUGAUCACUUUAGAAGAGAAGUAUUUCUUGGAGUAAUUGAUCAAAUUAGUCAAGAGCUUGAAAAUCGGUUUGACGAGAUCAAUAUGGAGUUGCUAUCUUGUAUGUCUGCUUUGAAUCCUGCCAACUCAUUUGCUGCUUUUGAUGCACACAAGGUAUGCAAACUUGCUGAGUUCUAUCCAGAAGACUUUUCAAGUGCUGACUUGAUACACCUUGAACUACAACUUGGUAACUAUAUUGGUGACAUGAGAAAAGAUGAGAACUUUCAAGGCCUUGGGAAUUUUGUUGAUCUCUCAAUUAAGCUUGUUCAAACAGGGAGGCAUAUAGUUCAUAAUUUCGUGUACUUACUUCUAAAAUUGGUAUUGAUUCUACCAGUGGAAACGGCAAAUGUUGAGAGAGCAUUUUCUGCCAUGAGUUUAGUCAAAAACAAGUUGAGAAAUAAGAUGGGUGAUAGUCUUUUGGAUGACUGCCUGGUCACAUACAUUGAGUGGGAUAUUUUCUCUGAGGUGAAUGAAGAUGACAUAAUUGAUACUUUCAUGGCCAUGCAGAAGCGUAGGCCGGAAACAUAGUCUUUUUUGAACUUCUCAAGGUAUGUAGUAUGUAGUAUGUAGUAUGUCUAUGUAGUCUUCUUUCAUGCAAAACUGAGAGUUUUAGUGUGUUUGUAAGACCAUAUUGAUCUAUUUCUAUGUGUUAUUGAUAAUUAGUUAGAUCGUUCACAUGUCAAAUUUGUUGUCAAA